AUGGUCGACCAUCACCAUCCAGUACAGACGAGCGCUGUCUACCUAUGCGGCCCGGCGGCGCAACGUCCACUCAUCCCUCCUCCAUCUCCCCCUUCGCCUCUCACACCGACCGCUACCGGACCCGCGACUCCGAUAGAGGAGUUUUGUCUAGAUGAGGGCCCGCUUGCAAAGGCUUUCGAGGAAGAAAACAAGCGGGCUAAUGACAGGAUCUCGGGAGCUAUUCAUGUCUUGAAUACUGAGGCGUUAUCACUUAGGAACCUCACUACAUUGUACGAGACAGAUUCUAUCAUUGGCGCGGGCUUCAACUCUGCAGUUGAGGCCAUCACAAGGCAUAGGGGCCAAAAAGGCAAAGUCGUCGUGAUUGGUGUUGGAAAAUCGGGGUACAUCAGCAGGAAGUUAGUAGCGAGCUUCAACAGCCUUGGUGUUCGGGCGGUAUUUGUGCACCCUACGGAAGCUCUGCACGGUGAUCUAGGCGAAAUCGGGAAAAACGAUACAGUCCUUUUCAUCACGUUCUCAGGAAAGACGCCAGAGUUGUUAUUGCUCCUCCCGCACAUCGAUCCGUCUCUUCCAACAAUCGUCCUCACAUCGCAUACGCGGCCCGAGACAUGCGAGUUAAUCAAGCAAAGACCGGGUAUGAUCCUAUUGUCGGCGCCAAUCCACGAAUCGGAGACAGCGUCCUUCGGAGUGUCCGCACCAACCACUUCCACCACAAUGGCCAUCGCGGUGGGUGAUGCGGUCGCUAUCGUCGCGUCAAAGGAACUUCAUGCCAGCGUUUCGGCGACAUUCCUGCGUAACCACCCUGGCGGUGCGAUCGGAGCAACAAUCAAGAAGGCACAGAGCAUGGCAGAGAUCGCGACACCAUUAUGUGAGAUCAUCUCAUUGCCCUGCCACAGUAUCCUCGAUGUCCGGGGCGGCGAUGUACUGAAGGCCGCAUACGACUCAUCCACUGGCUGGGUGCGCGUCGGCGACCUUGUUGCAUCGCCCGGUCGUAUCAGGCGACUGGAGUCGUCAGACUUCCUUAACAAGCUCAGUGAUCUGCCCGGGUUGGGCGCAAGUCGGGAAGAAUGGAUCACGAUUGCUGGAGAUACGAGAAUAUCGCAAGCCGCUGAGUGGAUCAACGACAUGCGAUCGUCAGACGAAGAGUCAUGUGACGAGCAUUCCAUCGUGGCUGUCAUGGAAGAUGGGGACAUCACUGGUGUUCUGGAGGCUGGGCAACUACUAAGCUGGGAGGAUUAA